AUGAUUUCAUUCGGCUCAGAGCCCAGGGACAAGGUCCUAGGAGUUGCCUAUCUACAGUUGGGAAUGGCGGAUGAACUGGCUUUCCUCAAAGAUGGUGAUUAUUCGCUUUUUAUUCAUAAGAUGGACGAGCAGGAAAUCGCUGAAUGCAAGUAUCUACACAAGGAGUCGAUAGCUUCUAUUGGCGCAGGUAGCAUCAAUAGUUCGGGGAGUAGUGGAGGUAAUAAGAGCUCUGGUCUUGUCGGCAAGGCAGAAAAUGGAUUCGCCGGACAUGGUUCUGUGGCUGCAUCUCUGCUCAAUUCAGUGGCGAGCAGCUUCACUGGGCGAGGAAGCAAACAACCGGACACUCUGAAUAUCACAACUCUACUAUGCAGCAAUCAGUACACAACUGACGGUAUGUUAACUGUUAAUGCAAGUAGCAUUUAUUGA